UCGCGGUCCAAGGCGUCGUGGAGGCGCUGCUGUGACCAAUUGGCGCAAAAGCGUGUGGAGCCGUCUACGCGCAGCUGCCGUCACUCGCGAGCCAUACCUUCGCCACACCCCACACCCCUCGCGUGGCCAUGCCGCCCAAGAGCGGCACCGACCUGACGUCGCGCGGCGACGACGACGACCCCGACAAGUACAAGAGCACGCGCUACAACCAGGUCAACGCCGACGUCGAGGACAUCUACCGGCAGUGGGACGAGCUGGUGAAUGAGGAGCAGCUGCGCGAGUUGAGCCGGAUCGUGCGCGACCUGGCGGCCGACCCACCGGCCGACGGCAAGGCCCUCGAGCACCAGCUCAUGCUGCACCGCAAGCGGAUGCGGCGCGCAGACACGUUCCGCAAGGCGCAGCUGCUGCACGCGUACCACUGCCUCGUCUCGCGCGGCGAGCUGGAGGCGAAUCCGCACCUGCACUCGCUGCUGGUGAAGAAGUCGUCCAAGUCGCAGUCGGGCGUCCUCGUCAUCACCGUCCUCACCUCGCCCUACCCAACCUUCACUGAGCCCGAAUCGGGAAAGAAGGUGAAGCAGCGCUUCUCGUGCGCGUGGAACUGCUACUACUGCCCGUCCGAGCCGGGGCAGCCAAAGUCGUACUUGCACGACGAGCCCGCCGUCAAGCGCGCCAAUGAGAACGGCUUCGACCCCGUCAUGCAGCUGACCGACCGCGCCGCCACUCUCGCCCAGAACGGCCACCCCGUCGACAAGAUCGAGCUCCUCGUGCUGGGCGGCACUUGGUCCUCCUACCCGCACGUCUACCAGGAGGAGUUUGUGCGCGACCUCUUCUACGCCGCUAACACCUUUUGGCAGCGCGAGAAGCGGCCUCGGAGGGGGCUGCUGGAGGAGCAGGCACUCAACGAGACCGCCGCCUGCAAGAUCAUCGGCCUCACGCUCGAGACGCGGCCGGACACCAUCGACGCGGCGGAGCUGCUGCGCCUCCGCCGGUACGGGUGCACGCGCGUGCAGCUCGGAGUGCAGCACACCGACGACCACGUGCUCAAGCGGAUCAACCGCGGCUGCACGACGGCAGACACGGUGACGGCCCUGAAGCGGCUCAAGGACGCCUGCUACAAGAUCGACAUCCACCUGAUGCCAAACUUGCCCGGCGCGACCGCAGCGGUGGACCGCGCCAUGUUCGAGCGCGUGCUGAGUGACCCGCAGCUGCAGGCCGACCAGUGGAAGGUCUACCCGACCCAGGUGGUGCCGUGGACCGUCAUCAAGCGCUGGUUUGAGGCGGGCAGCUACGUGCCGUAUGCGAGCGACCAGAUGUUUGAGCUCCUCAUGCAGGUCAAGUCGCGCGUGCACCCUUGGAUCCGGCUCAACCGCGUGGUUCGAGACAUCCCAAUGCAGUACGUGUCUGGCGGGCUCGACGUCCCGAACUUGCGCGAGGACUUGCUCGCAGAGAUGAGGGACAAGGGGCUCACUUGCCGCUGCAUCCGAUGCCGCGAGCCAGGCGCCGCCUCGAAGAAGGUGCUGCCAAGGCAGACGCUCGUGCGGCGCGUCUACGCGGCGUCGGGCGGCGCGGAGCACUUCGUCUCCAUCGAGUCCGCCGACCGCGCCACCCUCCUCGGCUUCGUGCGGCUGCGGCUGCCGCCGCCCUGGAGCGACGCGCCGGAGCACCAGCCGCCGUUCGAGGAGCUGCGCGGAGCAGCGCUGGUGCGGGAGCUGCACGUGUACGGGCAGCUCAUCGCCACCGCCGACAAGAGCAACGCCGACGCGCAGCACACCGGCCUCGGUCGCACGCUCAUGGCCGAGGCGGAGGCGACCGCGCGCGCACACGGCUUCCGGCGAGUCUGGCCCAGAUGCGGAGGGCGCGUCGCCGUGAUCGCGGGAGUGGGGUCGCGCGGCUACUACCGCAGGCUCGGCUACGCCCUCGACCCGCGCCCGGGGCUCUUCAUGAUGAAGGAGCUCGCCUUCCUUGCGCCCGGCUGGAGACAGGCGCUCCUCCCGGCGGCACGCUGCGCGCUGAUCGCGCUGCUCCCGCCCCUGCUGCUGCUGCUGCUGGCGUGGGUCAGCGCGCUCGGAUGCCCCGACGAGGCGGCCGCGGGGCACCCGCAUAGCCUCCGCUCGCUCGCGCGCUGCGCCUCCGCCUUGGUGUAGUGUCCCUGUCCGGACCCGCCCGUUGGACUCUCCGGGUCACGAGAUAAAGCUCUUCUUGGACAACUCUUUUUGGUUCUCUCGACGGAAUAUACGCAACACGCCGAGUAAUUUAAGGUGGUUCUUGAGAGUUGUAU